AUGGCUUCUUCUCCAUUUCCCAAUUCUCUCCUCUUUCACAAGACCUUCCAUUCCCCUGCUCCUGCAUUUCGUACAUGGCGGGUCUAUGCAGCUCAAGCUCCCAACAACGACCGCCGACGACCUCCACCGGGUGUCGACACAAGAAUUCAUUGGCAAAACGAAGAAGAAGGAUGGAUUGGAGGCAAGAAAAAGGAGAGUAAUGAUCAAAAUAAUGAGAGUAAUAAUAUGUUGGGUCCAAGUUUGGCAGACUUGCUCAACAACUCGUCUGACUCUCACUACCAGUUCUUAGGAGUAGGUGCAGAGGCGGAGGUAGAAGAGAUAAAAAGUGCGUAUCGAAGAUUAUCAAAAGAAUAUCAUCCCGACACGACCUCUCUCCCUCUAAAAGUUGCAUCGGAGAAAUUCAUGAAAUUAAAACAAGUGUACGAGGUACUAAGCAACGAAGAAAGCCGAAAGUUCUACGACUGGACGCUUGCACAAGAAGAGGCGAGCCGUCAAGCUGACAAAUUGAGGAUUAAGUUAGAAGAUCCUUACGAACAAGAAUUGCAAAAUUGGCAAUCUACUCCAGACAUGGUGGAUAGGCUUGGAGGAAGAAACAUGGAGCUGAGUGAUCAAGCCACCACUGCUCUUACUUUGGAUAUCUUUAUCAUUCUCUUUGCUAUAGCUUGCAUUGUUUAUGUCUUGAUUUUUAAAGAACCAUAUUAUUGAUAUAUUACAUACAUAUACAUUACCAAAAUUAAUGUAAAGGUCAGAAUGGCUAAAAAAAUAUCUACAAAAUAUAGCAAAAUUUCAUAUUCUAUAAGAAA